GAGCGAGCUCUCCGGGACGGAGCGUCCCUGCCGAGGCUGGCUCUGAGGGCACCCCCGGCCGGCCGCGCCGUCCAACUGUGGCCUCAGCGCGCUGUUGUCGCCAGCGUCGCUAUUGCCGCAGCCGAAAUCCGUGGCAGCGAUCAGCCAGCUUUUCUUGUCGUGCCGGCUGGUGCAGGUGGCUCCCUGGAAGCCGCCUGGACGUGGCCAUCCCCUGCCGGGGGCGGCCGGGCAUCUCGCCCCUUCCUUAACUGCUUCCCGAAGUUACGUUCAUCCUCCUCUGCUCUCCUUUCGCCUCUCUCUGCCGGCAAUCACGCCUAGACCUGAGGAGAUUCCACCCCAUUAAUUUAGAAAUGGCUGCAAGCAAAUGACCUUCAGAAAGAGGUAUACCAGCAUCUGGCCUAUUAUGUACCAAAAAUUUACUGCAGGGGUCCCAACCCUGCCCCUCAGAGAGAAGACAUGCUGGCACAACACGUUUUGCUGGGACCAAUGGAAUGGUAUCUCUGUGGUGAAGAUCCUGCAUUUGGUUUUCCAAAGCUUGAGCAAGCAAACAAACCUUCCCAUCUCUGUGGCCGCGUCUUUAAAGUGGGAGAGCCUACAUAUUCCUGCAGAGAUUGCGCAGUUGACCCAACUUGUGUGUUGUGCAUGGAAUGCUUUCUUGGAAGCAUUCACAGAGAGCACCGAUACAGGAUGACAACAUCAGGUGGAGGAGGUUUCUGUGACUGUGGUGAUACAGAAGCUUGGAAGGAAGGUCCUUACUGUCAAAAGCAUGAACUUAACACUUCAGAAACUGCAGAAGAAGAGGAUCCUCUUGUGCAUUUACCAGAAGAUAUGGUAGCAAGAGCUUAUAAUAUUUUUGCCAUUACAUUUAAAUACGCAGUAGAUAUAUUAACAUGGGAAAAGGAAAAUGAAUUGCCUGGACUAGAAAUGAUUGAGAAGAGUGACACUUACUACUGCAUGCUGUUUAAUGAUGAAGUCCAUACCUAUGAACAAGUUAUUUAUACUCUUCAGAAGGCUGUCAACUGCACACAGAAGGAAGCCAUUGGUUUUGCAACAACAGUAGAUAGAGAUGGCCGUAGGUCUGUUCGAUAUGGAGACUUCCAAUACUGUGAUCAGGCAAAAUCAGUAAUAGUGAGAAAUACCAGUCGUCAGACAAAGCCAUUGAAAGUGCAAGUUAUGCAUUCAUCUAUUGUUGCCCAUCAGAGCUUUGGUCUGAAGCUCCUAACUUGGCUUGGCAGUGUUAUUGGAUAUUCAGAUGGCCUUCGCCGAAUAUUGUGUCAGGUUGGUUUGCAAGAAGGGCCAGAUGGUGAAAAUUCUUCUCUUGUAGAUAAGCUGAUGCUGUAUGAUUCUAAACUGUGGAAAGGAGCUAGAAAUGUGUAUCACCAGUUAUUCAUGAGCAGUCUUCUUAUGGAUUUGAAAUACAAGAAACUUUUUGCUAUCCGCUUUGCGAGAAACUAUGAGCGAUUGCAGAGUGAUUUUAUGAAAGAUGACCACGACAGAGAGUUCUCAAUUGCUGACCUCUCGAUACAGAUAUUCACAGUGCCUUCUCUUAUGGGGUGGUACAAUAUGUGUAUCAAUCCGUACUUUUUGAAAAAGGCUCGAAUGCUAAUAACAGAAGAGAAUCUCAUGACCACUAUUAUCAAAACUUUCAUGGACCACUUAAGGCAUCGUGACAUCCAAGGCAGGUUUCAGUUUGAACGUUACACUGCUCUGCAGGCUUUCAAAUUUAGACGUGUCCAGAGCCUUAUUUUGGAUCUCAAGUACGUGUUGAUAAGUAAGCCCACGGAGUGGUCAGAUGACCUGCGACGCAAGUUCCUGGAGGGUUUUGAUGCUUUCUUAGAAUUACUCAAAUGUAUGCAGGGUAUGGAUCCAAUAACUCGUCAAGUAGGACAACACAUUGAAAUGGAACCAGAGUGGGAAGCAGCAUUUACACUGCAGAUGAAAUUAACACUUGUUAUUUCAAUGAUGCAGGACUGGUGUGCAUUAGAUGAAAAAGUAUUGAUUGAAGCUUACAAGAAAUGCCUGACCGUGUUGAUGCAGUGUCACAGUGGGUUUACUGAUGGAGAGCAGCCUAUUGUCCUCAGUAUGUGUGGACAUUCAGUUGAGACCAUCAGAUACUGCGUUUCUCAGGAAAAAGUUAGCAUUCAUCUCCCAGUUUCUCGUUUACUUGCAGGCUUGCAUGUUUUGCUGAGUAAAACUGAAGUGGCAUAUAAGUUUCCAGAGCUGCUACCCCUGAGUGAACUCAGCCCACCCAUGUUAAUAGAGCAUCCUCUACGAUGCUUAGUCCUAUGUGCCCAAGUGCAUGCAGGGAUGUGGAGAAGGAAUGGCUUCUCUCUCGUUAAUCAGAUUUAUUACUAUCAUAAUGUGAAGUGCAGAAGGGAGAUGUUUGACAAGGACAUAGUAAUGCUUCAGACAGGUGUGUCUAUGAUGGAUCCAAAUCACUUCCUGAUGAUAAUGCUGAGUCGCUUUGAACUUUAUCAGAUAUUUAGUACUCCAGACUAUGGCAAAAGAUUUAGCACAGAAAAUACUAACAAGGAUGUUGUUCAACAAAAUAACACUCUUAUAGAAGAGAUGCUAUACCUCAUUAUAAUGAUUGUUGGUGAAAGGUUCAGCCCUGGAAUAGGACAGGUGAACACUACAGAUGAAAUCAAGAGAGAGAUCAUCCAUCAGCUGAGCAUCAGGCCAAUGGCUCACAGUGAAUUGGUAAAGGCACUCCCUGAAGAUGAGAACAGAGAGACAGGGAUGGAAAGUGUGAUUGAAGAAGUGGCAUGUUUCAAAAAACCUGGAUUAACAGGCAGAGGGCUGUAUGAAUUAAAACCAGAAUGUGCCAAGAAUUUCAAUCUGUAUUUCUAUCACUUUUCAAGGGCAGAGCAAUCAAAGGCAGAGGAAGCACAGAGAAAGCUGAAAAGACAGAACAGAGAAGAUACAGCACUUCCACCACCAGCUCUUCCUCCUUUCUGCCCACUUUUUGCCAGCCUGGUGAAUAUCCUGCAGUCUGAUGUCAUGCUGUGCAUUAUGGGAACUAUACUGCAGUGGGCAGUGGAGCACAAUGGCUAUGCCUGGUCAGAGUCCAUGCUGCAGAGGGUUUUGCAUUUGAUUGGAAUGGCACUACAAGAAGAAAAACAACAUCUAGAGAAUCUCAGUGAGGAGAAUGUUGUAACAUUUACCUUCACUCAGAAAAUAUCAAAGCCAGGAGAAGCACCCAGUAACUCCCCUAGCAUACUAGCUAUGCUGGAAACACUGCAAAAUGCACCUCAUCUGGAAGUGCACAAAGACAUGAUCAGAUGGAUAUUGAAGACUUUUAAUACUAUUAAAAAGCUAAGAGAAAGCUCUUCUUCAAGUCCCGUGGCCGAGACAGAAGGAAAUAUUAUGGAGGAGAGUUCACGUGAUAAAGACAAAGCUGAAAGGAAGCGAAAAGCUGAGAUUGCCAGACUGCGCAGGGAAAAGAUCAUGGCCCAGAUGUCUGAGAUGCAACGGCACUUCAUUAAUGAAAACAAAGAGCUCUUUCAGCAAACUCUGGAGGAGCUGGAUACUUCAGCCUCCGGAGUCCAUGAAAAUAGCCCUGUAAUUUUGGAUGCAAAACUCACAGCCUUGGGUCCAGAGCAAACCAGAGUAGCUGAACCCAGACAGGUUGUUAUGUGUAUAUUGUGCCAGGAGGAGCAAGAAGUUAAAGUGGACAGCAGGGCUAUGGUCUUGGCAGCAUUUAUUCAGCGAUCAACUGUGCUGUCUAAAAAUAGAAACAAAAUUACUCCAGAUCCUGAAAAGUAUGACCCCUUAUUCAUGCACCCAGAUCUGUCAUGUGGAACACACACAGGAAGCUGUGGACAUAUUAUGCAUGCUCAUUGUUGGCAAAGGUAUUUUGAUGCAGUCCAAGCAAAAGAGCAACGAAGACAGCAAAGAUUACGAGUACACACAAGUUAUGAUGUAGAAAAUGGUGAAUUCCUUUGCCCACUUUGUGAAUGCUUGAGCAACACUGUUAUUCCUCUGCUUCCUCCACCGAGAGUUUUGUUUAACAGGUUGGACUUUUCAGGCCAACCAAACCUAACUCAGUGGAUCAAAACACUAUCCCAGCAAGUACAAGCCAUACAGUUACUUCGAAAUGAACAUUGUGCAAGCCAUUCUGGUCAUUCAGAAAAAAUGGAUCAGCUGCAGUUACCUGAAGGAUUUAGACCAGAUUUCAAACUGAAGAAUCCUUAUUCUGAGAGCAUAAAAGAGAUGCUGACAACUUUCGGUACGGCAACUUACAAAGUAGGCUUGAAGGUUCAUCCAAAUGAGGAAGACCCACGUGUGCCUAUAAUGUGCUGGGGCAGCUGUGCUUACACAAUACAGACUAUAGAACGAAUUUUAGCUGAUGAAGAUAAGCCAUUAUUUGGUCAUUUACCUUGUCGACAGGAUGACUGCCUUAUGUCACUAACGAGAUUUGCAGCAGCUCACUGGACAGUUUCAUCUCUUUCAGCAGUACAGGGUCACUUUUGUACUCUAUUAGCAUCACUGGUGCCUAAUGAAAAAAAUGGGAAUCUUCCUUGCAUACUUGAUAUUGACAUGUUUCAUUUAUUGGUAAGCUUGGUGCUCUCUUUCCCUGCCAUACAUUGUCAGGAUUUUUCAGGGGUUAGUCUUGGCACUGGAGAUCUUCACCUGUUUCAUCUUGUCACUAUGGCACACAUAAUACAAAUUUUACUUACCUCAUCAACAGAAGAGAAUGGCAUGGACCAAGAAAACACUAACAGUGAAGAGGAAGUAGCCGUGCUUACACUAUAUAAAUUUCUUUGCCAGUGUACAGGAAGUGCCUUGAAAGAAAUUUCCUCAGGCUGGCACCUGUGGAGGAAUCUAAAAGCCGGAAUCAUGCCUUUCCUAAGAUGUUCUGCUUUGUUUUUUCAUUACUUAAAUGGAGUCCCAGCACCCUCAGAAAUUCAAGUAAAUGGAGCAAACCAAUUUGAACACUUAUGUAGCUAUCUCUCUUUGCCAAACAACCUCACUUGCCUUUUUCAAGAAAAUGGUGAGAUUCUGAACACAUUAAUAGAAAGUUGGUGCAGUAACAGUGAAGUAAAAAGAUACCUGGAAGGCAAGAGACAUGCUAUCAGCUAUGCAAGAGAAUCCAACAAAUUAAUAGACCUUCCAGAUGACUACAGCUGCCUCAUUAACCAAGCAUCCAAUUUCUCGUGUCCAAAAUCAGGUGGUGACAAAAGCAGAGCCCCAACAUUGUGCCUUGUGUGUGGGACAAUGCUGUGUUCGCAGAGUUACUGCUGUCAGACUGAACUUGAAGGGGAAGAUGUUGGAGCCUGUACUGCACAUACAUACACUUGUGGUUCUGGAGUGGGCAUAUUCCUUAGAGUACGAGAAUGUCAGGUGCUAUUUUUAGCUGGGAAAACAAAGGGCUGCUUUUAUCCUCCUCCUUAUCUUGAUGACUAUGGAGAGACAGACCAGGGACUCAGACGUGGGAAUCCCUUACAUCUGUGCAAAGAGCGAUUUAAAAAGAUUCAAAAACUCUGGCAGCAGCACAGUAUUACAGAGGAAAUUGGACAUGCACAAGAAGCAAAUCAAACUCUAGUUGGCAUUGAUUGGCAGCAUUUAUGAUUAUCUGCUGAAGACUGGAACUUUAUUAAAGAUUUUUGUAAUUCAGUAAGCUUUUCAAAGGAGGGAUGAGGAAAAAAAGUCUAAGGAAAAAACCCCCAACAAACUUGGUCCUGUUAUUUAAUCUUUGUUUUACAAUGUAUUUCAUAAAAAUACCAGUUAACAUUAAUCAAGUAAACUUCUUUCUAUGUAAGCAGGUUUUAUUAGUCCUAUAAUUUGCACUGUGCUUCCUUCACAGAAAUGUCUUGGGUUAUAAACCUGGACAAACGAGCUCAAGUUUCUGAUAAAAAAAAAAAAGAACGACUCUUUUUGGAAGUCUGACUAUGAUUUUUCAUAUGAACUGAAGAGAAAAAGACUGCUGAAACAGACACUAGAUAGAGCACAAUUCUGGAUUGUGUUUUGCCCCUUGCUAGUAAUCUGAGCCGGUUUAUUUAUUACUCUGCAUUUUAAUACUUAAGCUGUGUGUACAUGCAAUGGAAUGAAGUAAGGAAGCAAAUAAUGUAGCAAAUGGAUGUUUCUGUCUGCAUCAGUGGAUAAUUCACCCUUUCACUUGGUGUAUCUAAAAAGGAUUUUGUCAUUUGUAAUCUUGCAGCUUUCUUGCUUCCAGUUGUUUUUUAACUAAAAAAGACUAACACUAGCUUUACAAGUAAAAUAAUUUAAUUUAAAGCUUUUUCCAGAGCACUACACUCCUUAGAAGUAUGUAGUUUUUAAUUUGAAUUUAGCUGGGAAACCCUUUCACUUUCAAUUACGUGAUUGGUUAUUGGUAUUCAAGGAUUGACAUUGUGCUUUAGAAGUUAUUUUAAGAUAACAGUCCUAUGUAAAAGUCACGAAAGCUAAUUUUAUGUUAAUUUUCAGAAGCACAGAAGAUAUUUUUUUCAUUUUUGUUAGCAGUCAACUUUAAAGGUGCAAACACCAUCUUUUUGUUGCAGAUAAACUGAGUGUUUUUCUCUGGCUUUUAAGGGCCACAAUCACACUACCCAUAUUUUUGUUUUGUUUUGUUUUGUUUUUCCUGUUGUCCCAUCAAGUAUAUUUACUUUUUGGCUUGAUUUAAAGCUCUGUAAAGAUGUUUGCAUAUAGUAUAUUUUAUAAAUAUAUUCUAUAACUGCGCGGAUUUGCACUUGAUAUGAGGGUGCCUGAAGGCAGUGAGUUUUCUAGUUGUAUGUAAUUAGACCUCCAAGGUGUCUCUAAAAAUCACAUUAUGCUUACUGAUUUAAAAUAAAAUCCAUUACCUUUCCCUCUCCUAUCUUCUGAAAAACUAGUAAAAUCUUAAUUUACAUAGUUCUGUUUCCUUAAUAGUCUGUGGUUCUUUUAGUUAAGUCUUAAAUUCUGACUAUGUCUCAGCCCGGAUAAACAAUUUCUUUCACUGUCUGCCAGGUCUUCAGUUACACUUGGUCUGACUGAAUUGUUCCUAUUUUUACAGAUUUAACGCUUCAGAUAAAUUUUGUAUAUUGAUGGUGUACAGGAUAAUUUUUUUCAAACAUUCAGUAAUAGUAUUGAGUGAAGAUGUGAAGUAUCAAAUAAAGAAACUUGGCCAAUGUGGAUUUCCUUUUCUUAACAUCAGUGCAGACUACUUUUGUCUCUAUUACCUGUCAUUGACUGGAUCAUUUAUAUAUAGCUGUCACUUUUUACAAAGAGACAUGGAGAAGUUACAGGGGAAAAUGGAAUUUAAUGCUUUAACUUUGCCCUUCCCUACUUAAGGUGGUUGACAUACCAACAAUUUUCUAUGCAUGGUACUUAGAAAUCCCACUUUUUUGGUGAUGUUACUAUUCCUUUGCUUUUUAAGUUAUGUGCCACAGUUUCAAAUAAUGUGUAAUUGCAUUUUAAAAACUCUUUUCCUGUAAUCAUAAUAUUAAAAAGAUAAUUGAUGGUUCUGACAGAUUUCUCUGUGCAAACCAAAAUGCUGACAGCAAGAAGGAUGUUUUGUUUUUCCUCUGGGAUCAGAGUGGGAUACUGCAACCACAAUUAGUUGCAAAGUACACAGUUUAUCUUUUUUUUUUUGCAAUCAGGUCAUUCUUUACUCAAGGCUUCCAUUUUCUGUUUUGUUUUGCAUGUGUUUAUAUUAAUGUAGAAAUAUUUAUAUAUAACUAUGUUUCAGGGAAAUAAUAUCUGUAAUAAAUUGGCUAUAACUUUAACAUUUAUGUAUUAUGUGUACAAUCUAGAAUAUAUUAUGUUUGUGGGGGGAAGAAAAAAAGCCCAGCAAAAUCCACAAAAAGUCACAAAUACAAAACUGUCAUAACAAAAUACAAAACCAAGCUGAAAGCAUCAAGCAUGAGCUUUUCAUGUCAACAUUCAAUAAGUACUUUUUAAAUGUUGUUUUCAGAAUUUUGCUGAGCUUGUUCCUUCAAGUGUGCCCCUUGUUAAUCACAGGCUGACAGAAAUACCUGGAUGUGCAACAUCUGCAAUUCCCUGGCUAUAAGUGUAAGAUGAUUAUAUUAUUAGUGUCACUUGCUUCAGUCAGCUAAAGCUUUCUUGACCUCUACAAAAAGUCUAAUCAUCUUUUUAAAGGAUUGUAAGUUAUAUUUUAUAAAGGGAUAAGGGUUGAGUUUCACAUCAGUAAUGUUAUUUACUCUGUUCAUACCAGAAGGUAACACUUUUUACUCGCCCCAGUCUGCCACAGGAGACUCAUUUUUACUCUGCUGGAAGUCUUUAACCAAGAUAACAAACUUCUGAUACCUUCUUGUGCCAAGAGCCAGUGCUCCCACAGCUCUCUAACCACUUCAUGUGAUGUUACAGGGAAUUUGGCUGAGAUGAAGUGCUUGUGGAUUCUCAAGACUUGUUUCCAUUUUCAGCUCUCCUCUGGUUCGCAACAGCUGCCUUCCAUGUCCCUCAAACUAGUCUUCAGUGCUGAUCACUAAGCAAGUAAAUUUUAUGCCUUCCCACUUUAUUAGCACUGGGAGCCACCUGAACUUGAAAGGUUCAAUGUGUUCCUGCACUGUACAGUUCACUCCUUUUCCUAGGAUGGUGGACAUGGAGUGUGCAGCUGCACAGACCCUUUGCUGUCCUUUCUCAUUUGAUGUGAACUCCUGCCAACUCUCGUGCUCAAGCCCUGGCAUCUCAUUUUAAGUGUAAUCUAUUUUUUAUUUUAUGUUAAAUGACAAUGUUCUGUUUAGAAGCUGUGUUGUGAAAAUCUUCUCUGUGGCCUGAAUGUGUAGAGGAGAAACUGGAUGCUCAACCCACCUUCAGCAUUAAAUCCCAACCGUUUUCCUUUCUGGAAGAUUAAAUUGUACAAGGGGAGUUGCAUCUCAAAUCUCUUCAUAGUUGUGUUGUGUCAUGAUCAACUGAAUUUUCAACCAGCCUUCCUUCUGCCCUGGACUCUCCUCCUUUCUAGGAAUUGACUCCAGCAGGAAGUGGUGACCCUCAAUUUCCAUUCUGCUGUUGAGAUUAUUGGUUAUAGAAAUCAAAUAUGAGAGUAUUAAACAAUUAGAGGUUGAAUAUCA